AUGCCGGAGUCUUAUCGGUCUCAACAACUUAGUUUUACUAUGGUAUCCGGCUGUGAUUUUCUGCAGACCUUUCCCAUGGAGGUCAGAGCUAUCUGGUCAAGUCGCCUGACCGCGCCCACGCUUCUGUUUCUGCUCAACCGAUAUUCACUCUUCAUCUCGUUGGUCACUGGUAUCAUGGUAGCGUCCCCGGGGUAUGAUUCUUCUCUGGGCUUGUCGUGCCCUGCCUUGAACGUUGCCGACGGUAUUUUCCAGACAUUUUCGAUUACAGCGACGAAUCCUCAGUUGGCAAUUUCACUAUCGCAAAUCGCAUUCGAUACCUACGUGAUCGUACUCACGGUGAAGAAAACCGCCAAUUACACAACUGGAAUGCGGAGACUCACAGGCAAUGAACGGAGCCUCUCUCAGGUCCUUCUACGUGAUGGAAUGUAUUACUAUACUGCCGUCUUCGUACUCGCGGGUAUGCAGGCUGGAAUGGCUGUGGCAUCGUUCAUCAAUCCUGAAAUAGGCUCUGCGUCAUUACCGAGCUUGCUUGUGAACCGCGUCGUCCUCAACCUACGCAACUUCGACCGCAAGUCUAGAGAUACGGAAACAGAAUUGAGCACGACCGCCUUGCCCCACAUUCAAUUCGAAGGAAGUAGAUGGUUGGGUAACAUCGGAGCUCCUCUCGAUCACAGCCAGUGGGAACGUGAUUUGGAUGACUUUCCGGAGGUGUUAGGCAGUGAAGUACUGAACGAUGUUCAGGAAGAGAUAGUGCGCAACCAAGCAGCUGUGCACAGUGCAGAGGGAACGGGCAGCAGGUGUUGA